AUGAAUGAAGAACAGAAAUCUCGUAUCAAAGCCACAUACAAAUUGAUCGUAGAUUCCGUAAUUUUUGAUGACAUCCAGGACUAUCUGUACUCUAAUCUGACGGAUUUCAGUUCGGAAAUGAUAGAGGAAAUCAAAGCAGAAGGAAUUAACCGGAACCAGAUGAGAAAGUUUUUGUCGAUGUUAGAGAAGUUAAAAGAUGAAAGAACGUACGACAUGUUCCGCAAGUCUUUGAAGGAAAGUGUCGAUUUCAGUUAUGUUGUUGCAGAGUUAGACAGAGCUGACUUGAAAAACAUUCCAGUUAUUGAGAAUUAUCAAUCAAAAUUUGAAGUUCUCCGUCAAAAUGUUGAGAUACAAACAAAGAUUAUGAAUCAAGUUUUAGAAUCAAACCAGCUGCUGCAAGAGAAGAUUGAAAAAUUACAAAGUGUUCCAGGAUUCACACAGAUGACACCAUCUGGAGAAGUUAUCAUCAAAGAUAUCCAAAACUUCUCAACUUACUUAUUAGAUGAAACAGAUUCCAGCGUUGAUUCAUCAAAGAACUUGAAUCUUAAUGUAAAGUUAAAAGUUCAGAACAAAAAAAAAGAAAUUGCAUGUGCACUGGGGGUAGACAGCAUAUAUGACUUAGAAUCUCCAAUCCCUGAUAACUUGCAAACAUAUAAAAAUCACAUACAGACAGUCAGAAAUGCAAUAAAGAAACUUAGAGACGAUGAAGUCAAGGAAAUUGACAGAACUGUCUCCUCGAAUGUUUCAAUUCACGAGAUGGUAGGCCUCCCUACAGUUCAAACGCUGGCCGAGGAAGUUUUUGACAAGUGCAAUAUUGGAAGAAUUGUUGUCUGGUUUGCGUACUGGAGGAAAUUUAUACAGGAUUUGGACGGGACUGACAGUGAAAAAAGGAUUUUUGGAGAAUAUAUCGGCUUCUCUCUGUGUUUAAACCCGGUUGUCAUGAAAUGGUUGGAUGAAGAAGAUGGCUGGGUUAGUCAGUGA